UUUGUUUUUGUUUUUUUCAUGAGCAGACAUCUGCGGAAACAAUCAGAUUUUUUUUCCUCGCUGUCAUGAAACUCAGUUGUUCGUUGGUAUGUUGAAACGCAGCCGUGUGCACUGACAAGGGGAUGAGAUGAGUCAUCGGAAAUGAACACAAUUUGCAAUUCAAGAUGCUGCAAGGAUUAUUCCAAACUUUUCAUUGUAUCCAAGUUCCUUGUUAUAAGCCGCGGUUCAUCCCACUUCUCUCCUUGAAAGUCCCCAGAAAUUUCACUGAACCUUUUUGGGGUAGCGGUAAUAAAUGCCACCAGCUGCAGCAGUGAUUAAGAAAGGGGAAGAGUGAUUACUAAAAAAAAAAAAAAAAGCAGUCUUGCUUCCUCUCAAGGUGGGUGCAUGGAACCAAGCAGACUAUUAUACUCGUCAUUUGAUUCACAGAGAGUGCCUUAAGUAAAUUGCCACCCAGUGAGACAUUGCAGAGAUGCUUUGUGAAGUGAAAUUGCUGAGCAUGGCCUACGGAGAAGCAGAUGAAGCGUGCCCCCCGCGCUGCGAGACGCGGGAGGGUACUGUCGGAUCCUCUUCCCGCUCUACGGGCGCCGUUGCGCACCUUCAUACUCUCUCAGAGCAGGAGGGCGGCGUUGUCGGCGGGAGUCCUCCAGAAGUCUCCCAGCUGGAGUCUUUGGAUCUGUACAGAAACCAGUCGGGCAGAAAGAACUCUCCCGGAUUCCAGAUCGCAUCUCCCCGCUCGGGAGGCGACGCCACCUUCCUGGUUCCGUCCUUCUGUCAGAGCAUCUGCCAGAACUACAGCGACCUCCACAUCGGGGGCGACCAGGUUCUGCCGAUGUCGACGGACGAUGCGGAGGAGGUGCAUGUCGACGCUCAGGCGGUGGGUCCCUUCUUGCAGUCCUGUGAUGUGCCCCCGCCUGGGGAAGAUUCCCCUCCAAGACGAGCUGCGCAGAUUGGGCUCCUGCUACCUCCCAGGGGGGGCUCCAAUCACUGGAGACAGGGAAGUGGUCGAGAUCGCAGCUUUUUAUUCCAAGGGCGCGAGGGUCCCCUCACUAACUCCCUCCUUAACGGCUAUCUGGAACAGAAACUUCUGGACCUGUACCAGCAGUACAUGAUGGAGAACAUGGCCAGGAAUUCGGGCCCCCUGCUGGGUUCAGAGAUGUUCCUGACCAGCCUGGACCAGAUCACCUUGCAGCUGAGCCGGGAUGGGAAUCUAGAAGCGGGCGUGGCCAAGGACAUGGUGAUGUCGUGCCUGCUGAGGGUGGCUGGGGAAGUGGAGUCCAGCGAGAUGAGCACACCUUUCCUGCAGAUCUCCAGAAGUCUGCGCGUCGCUGCAGUUCAGCGCACUGCUGACCUUCCUCCGCUGUUCCUGUCCAAACAAAACGCCAGCAGGAGGAAGCGCCCUGUUUACAGAGCUGAAUGCCGGCCGCGGGUGGAAACCUGGGAAGUGUCAAGGCUACAGAGAAACUAUUCCUGCCUUUCUUCCCCAAACAUUCCAGGUACGCACGGAAGUAGCCUGUCCUGUCCAAGGAAACAACAAUUUCAUUCCAGCAGCAAUUUCAUGUCAACUUUAAAAACAGCCACUGCUGAAAUAAAGUACUGUACAUGGGCUGAGUGGCGGCCGAAGGUGGAGACCUUGGUGGUCCGAUCCCCGGCUACAGAAGCUACUCCUCCAGGCACGUGGAUUAUCACCUCUCUGGCCGGGAAAGAGCCCAAGUUUGUGUGCGAGGUUGAAAAGUUCUUACCAGACAUCGGCUGUGUCCACAUUCGCAGGCCGCGUCCUCCGAAGGCCGCGUUUUUGGCCGCGUUGUUUUCCGCUUUCGCCUCGACUCGACCGCAUGUGGUUUUCAAAUUCUAGAAAGACAAAUUGCACGCCGGGUCCUUCGACGCUGUCAUAGGCUCCUCCUCAUGUGGCCUCCGUGGAGCGCAUAAACUAUGGUGAAUUUGGACAAGCUGAAUGUGAAUUUGAACCCCACGUGCGGUCAAGUCAUGCCACCUACGGAGGACUCAGCCUGUGUAUUUGGACGCAGCCAGAGUCGGGCUUGCCAUGUCACACGGCUUGGACUCUGGUACCAGUCCUCUUGAGAGGGGUUGGACUCUUACUCUGCAGUUGCCCCCACUGAGCGGCACUGAGGAGGUGAGGGCAUAUUUGUUGCCCUUUCAGGUUCGGUGCUGUGCAUUGAGGUUCACUCUGGCGAACGAGAGGGUAUUAGGUCAAAAACAGCCUCAAGCGGGUCAAAAAGGCAUUUGACCCCAAAAAAAUUGAUCAAAUAAAUAACCGACGAAACGACCGCCCAAAAUUUGAUUUUGCAGAACACCCCCGUUUGAUUAUUUUGAAUUCAUUUAAAUAUUAUCAUAUUAAUUUGACCCACCCUUUUUGACACAAUGGUUAGAGAGUGUGGAGGGAAACGGGAGAACAUGCAAACAAACUCCUUCAGAAGGUUGAAGCGAAGUGAAUCUGAAGACGGAACCUUAGAGGCCAUACUCUAAAACCAGUUUGGUCAAAAAUUGGGUCAAUGAAUAACCCACAAAACAGCUCAAAAAAUGUGGUUGCUUUGUAC